AAUAAAUGGAAAAAUAAAAGCAAGAUAUAAUGUUUAGUAAAAGGAGAAAGAGAAGAAGGGAAUGCGUACGCAUGAGGGAACAACGAAAGAGGGAAAAGAAAAGGGAGCAGUGACGCCGCUGAACCAGAGACCCGACGGAGCUGCGACGCGAAGUGAUCGGAACUGCGACGUGGACGAGCGGAGCUACGGCGUCGAAGUGAGGUGUUGUGUGAGGGAUUGCAACGGACUCAGAAGCCAGACAGGCAUGGAAUAUGAUAAUCUUAAAACUCAGCUGAAAGAGUGCAGUGAUCGUAUAAAUGCUCUUCAAAGGAGAUUGGAAGGUCAUGACUUGUCCAUGAAUGUGCAGAUGAAGGUCUUUGAAGAGAGGAUUGAAUCCAUUUAUGCUCAGUAUUUCAAAGUCAUAGAAGCUUUGAAGGAAAAAAAUGAUGAUAUGUUAAAAGAGACUGGAGCAAUGAAGGAGCUGGAUAGGGAAAGGAAGGAAUUGAAGGAAAAGAAGGAAGAAUUAUUAAAGUUGGAGGCUAUGAUGAAGGCGGACAAAGAAGUGCUGGUGGGGGAAAUAAAUGAGCGGUUAUCAAAGCUCAAAGAUUACAUGACGACAUCAGAGAAGGAUACUGCAGCUAUGAUUGCAAAUUUAACUGAAAAGCUUAGUAAGGUUGUAAAGCCUAGUUAAUAAUGCAGUUUUCAAUUUUAAGUGGAGCAGAGGAGGGCUGAGGCUGGAUAUGGUGGAGUGGUGAAGUAGUCUUUGAUUUUGUAAGGUUUUUUUUUGUGUGAAUAUGAUACAAUACGGGUUAACAAGAAAAUAAGCCUACAAGAAACCUCAGUGGCUGAAAAUCUUUACUUUAAAAUGAUUACGGGUUGUUCAGUUUUUUUGAACAAUGAUUACGAGUUGUUUAAUUUUUUUUAACCAUGAGAUAGUCCAAUAAAUAGUUUCUCUGUAUCACCA